CUACCCGUCUCCAUAGCGACGAGACCCCGGAAAUACACACCGUGAUCAGCUUACUGCCUGUUUAUCGGACAGAAACAAAUUUAUACCCGCGGUGUUUUCUUGUUUUGUUUGUUUGUUUGUUUCCUCGAGUGAUUGUUUAAAUAUGUCGGAGCUUGAGACUGAAGCGCAGGGAGAGCUGAGAGACAGCGGCAAGCAGAAGAAAAAGAAAGAGAAAGAGAAACCCAGGGUCAGUGAGGAGGAGGUGGAGGAGAACAAGCGGGAACGAGAAGGGAAGGUGGAGAAGAAAGAGGAGCUGAGUGAGAGUGUGUUGAUGCGGGGGAUCUUCAAAGUGGGGAAAAAGAGCCAUGACAUCCUGCUGACACGAACCAGACUGACCUGGACCCCCAUCAUCCCGGAGAGUCCCACAGGUGAUGGGAGCGUGCAGCAGGCAGGUGUGGUGCUGCUGCAGGACGUUUUCGCCGUGAAGGUAAAGCGGAGGCGAGCAGUGGGCCAGCAGUCGGGGGGAGCAGUGCUUGGCCUCGCUGUCUUCCACUGCAGGAGGAGAGGAAGGAGGCUGGAGGAGGACGCACUGCACCUCCACAAUGCCUCCGCAGAACACACGCACUCCUGGUAUAACACUCUGAAAGAACUGCUUACAGGGUUCAGCGGCCGUCCCAGGUAUGUAAAGGUGUUUAUCAACCCAAGCAGCCACAAGAAGGAGGCCGUUCAUAUCUACAGGGACAGUGUGGCUCCUCUUUUCAAGAUGGCUGACAUCCGCACUGACAUCACAGGUAACCUGAUCCAGGAGGCGGAGCUAAGUCCAUCUGUUAUGACAGUGGGGCACAACUUCCUCUCCUUCCCUGUUUUUUACCCUCUUCUCCUUUUCUCUCCUUCUAUCAUCUUUUCUAUGAUUCCUCCUCUCCUGCCUUUUCUCCUGCUUUUAUCUCCCUCUCCUCUUUUCUCACCAUUACUCCAACUCUCCUCCUUUCCCUUCUGUCAGCAGAUGGCACGAUAUCCGUUGUCCCACUUUUUCUUUUGGCAGCUAUCAAGCACACACCCGUUAACUGAUAGGAAGGGUCAUUCUCUCUCAGUGAUGAAGGAAUGCAAACUGGAUGAAUAUGAUGGGGUGGUGUGUGUUGGUGGGGACGGAUCAGUGGCAGAGCUGUGCCACGCUUUGGUUCUCAGAGCUCAGCUUGAUGCAAAUUCUCCAGAAAAACCAGUGAGAGCAGUGCUGCCACUGGGAAUCAUUCCUGCAGGUUCAACAGAUGUGGUUUCCUGUUCUGUCCAUGGAGUCAGAGAUCCAGUCACAGCAGCUCUCCACAUUGUUUUAGGUCACCUGCAGCAGGUGGACAUGUGCAGCUUCUCGUCUAAUGGUCAGCUGCUGCGCUAUGGAUUUUCUGCCAUGUUUGGUUUUGGUGGCCGGAGCUUAGCGCGGGCAGAAAAGAAGAGAUGGAUGUCAUCGUCACGGCGACGGGAGUAUGCUCUGGUGAAGACGUUGGCCAGACUUAGACCAGAAGACUGUCAGCUGUCAUUUCUAUCUGCUAAAACCUCAAGCAGCAGUUUGUUUGGACACCGAGACCAGAGCAAAGAUCAAGAACAGGAGCCAGAGUACGAAGUGGAGGAGUCUUGGAUGACCAAUCAGGGUUUGUACCUCAGCAUCAGCAUCAUGUCAAUCCCCUGUCUAAGCCCACAUGCGCCUCAAGGACUGGCUCCAAACACCAGUUUAGAUAAUGGCAGUGCCUCACUAAUCGCAGUAGGUAAUGCUUCCAGGUCGGAAUUUAUCAAGCACCUCAAGAGGUACAGCGGCUCUAGUGGACAGUUCAGCUUCCCCUUUGUGGAGACACACUCUGUCUCAGCGGUGAAGAUUCGGCCCCGCUCACUGAUUGGCUGGUUUGAGGAGGAGAGCGACGAAGAGGAAUAUUCCAGAAAUACACCGAUCAUCCAAUCAGAGGGAGCCUCUUUCCCGUGGAACAUCGACGGAGAGCUGGUGGAGAUAGCCAAUGAAGUGUUCAUCAGAGUCCAUCCAAGACUCAUCAUUCUGUACGGAGAGGAGGUAGACGAGGCAGAGUCAACCGUCUCCUGCAGCUGCAUCUGAGAGCAUGGAGCACUGCCCCAUGUCAUGGGCCAACUUCUGUCACCAUGGAAACCAGUCCCAUAAUGGUUUUAUUGGCAAGGGUAUUGUGAUAAAGAAGAAGAAAAUUGUUUGUCAGUGAAUUGUCUGACAAUGAACCUUUUACAGAUAAAGGCCCGCACCGUCACGUAACUUCCACCAUACCUAAUGUUUGACAUCUACAGCAGCAGUUUAUCUCUGAAAUUUGCUGUGGCGCGUGAGUAAUUAUAAAAGUGGCUGAUCUUUAGAUUGAUGUUUACAAAUACCAUUUUACAAGAUUUAGUUUUAUUUUCUGCAAUGGCGAUGGACUGGCGACCAGUCCAGGGUGUACCCCGCCUCUCGCCCAUAGAGAUAGGCACCAGCUUCCCCGCGACCCACUAUGGAAGAAGCGGUAGAAAAUGACUGAUCGAUUUUCUGCAAUGUUUGUUAGUGUGGGUUUCUGCAGCACACAGCCAGUUUUAUGCACGUUUUUACCUUAUUUUUACUAACUCCAAACAUUGGAUGUGUGCAAAUACGAUACAAGUUUAUAAUUAAAUAUUUCUAGAGUUUUUCUUUUCUUUUUUCAGAUGAUAUUGUAGUCAUGAUGAAAAACAUGUUAUGUUUAAAUAAAAAUAAAAAAUAUUUAUUUUAACAGGAGUAUUGAUGAAAGCAGUGAAAUGCUCCAGUGCAGAACAAACUUUCAUAAAAAAAAUAACCAAAUAAAAAUGUAAUAAAACAUUCAAA